UAUACCAAUGACGACGUCGAAAUUACCUGCCAGCUCUCUGCUGAGUAUAAUAUGGGUGGACUGAACAUAGUCCGGCGGCUCGACUUUCACGAUGGUACGAGUUGGGUAGCACGACUGCAACUCCCCAAACCGUGCCCAGAUUCACUUCAGCGUCUUAUGAACGAGAUUCAUACAAUUCAAGUCAUUCGCGAACAAACAAGGAUCCCAGUUCCAGAAAUAUUUGCGUACGGAGCCAGCUGCAAUAAUGCUAUCGGUGUCGCUUUCAUGAUUAUGGAAUUCAUUCCGGCGGACACAGCUAUGGAUUCUUUUGGCGGGUGGUCUGUACAUAGGGGCAAAACCCCUCCGCAGUUCAGGAAGACAUUUUAUUCCGCAAUGACUGAAAUUCAGGUAAGCAGGGAGGAUUUGUGUAACAUCAAGCUAAUUUUCCGAAGAUUGGAAGUGUUGUCAAACUCUCCGACAGCGGAAUCCUCCAUCCAGCUGGGGGGAAAAGCAAAAUGAUAGGGACGAUCGAGACAAGGGGCAGAACUGCUCACCAUUGGCAUGGAGGGGCCUUUGAGAGGGGAGAACAGUCAAAUCGCAUGAAUCGAAUGAAGGGGGUAGGCGGGGUGGCCGUCGCGAGGAAAAGUCCGGUGGAUCGUCGACGCUCCUCACGCGGGCAGACAUAG